GGAGGCGGAGGUGUGUUAUGUCUCUGCAUUCUGCAAUUCCAACAGCCUUUGCCUAAAGCAGGGGGAGGGGAUCCCCUGCCUUCCUCUCUCUGAUUUGGGGGUCAGAUUUUUAUGUUGAGUGUGGAGGGGCUUCUUGGUUUCUUUGGGGCCAAAGAUGGGAUGAAUGGAGAGAGACAGAAGCAUAGGAGGAAAAAUGAAUCCUGGUCAUCCUUGGCCCAUAAUGAUGGAGGCAGGCAGGCAGGCAGGCAGGCAUGGAAACAUACAAUGGAUGGAGGUCCGCCUCGUUAUUGCAGAAAAGGGGUUACCCUGUGAAGAGCGAGAUGUUAGCAUGCCACUGACUGAGCACAAAGAGCCCUGGUUUAUGCGGCUCAAUCUUGGGGAAGAGGUACCUGUGAUCAUCCAUGGAGACAACAUCAUCAGUAACUACAAUGAAAUCAUUGAUUACAUGGAGAAGAAUUUCACAGGAGCUCUUCGUCAUGCUGGGCUUUCAGAAAUGGGCCAUUCCCUUGUCUACCAUCUCGUGUGUGUGCCUUGCUAAGGUAGCCACUUGUGCAUUGUCAGGACAUGCAUCGCCAAAAAAGAGGUCAAAAGAGGACAAUGAACACGUUACCCAGCUUAUUCCUGAAGCAGGGAGCCUCCUUCAUUCCAGAGUGAUGCAGUACAGAGAGCUUCUGGAUUCCCUGCCCAUGGAUGCCUAUACACAUGGAUGCAUUCUCCACCCAGAGCUUACCAUGGACUCCAUGAUUCCAAAGUAUGCUACAGCCGAGAUCCGCAGACAUUUAGUUAACGCCAGCACGGACCUGAUGAAAUUAGACCAUGAAGAGGAGCCACAACUAACAGAGCCAUACCUUUCCAAACAGAAGAAACUCAUGGCCAAGAUUCUGGAACAUGACAAUGUGAACUACUUGAAGAAAAUCCUGGGUGAGCUGGGUAUGGUGCUAGAUCAGAUUGAAGCCGAGCUGGAGAAGAGAAAAAUUGAAUAUCAAGGACAGAAGUGUGAACUCUGGCUUUGUGGGUGCAUGUUCACCUUGGCUGACAUCUUGCUGGGAGCCACACUGCAUCGCCUCAAGUUUCUAGGACUCUCUAAAAAAUAUUGGGAAGAUGGCAGUAGACCCAACCUACAGAACUUCUUUGAAAGAAUACAAAAACGCUUUGCCUUCAGGAAAGUUUUGGGAGACAUACACACCACACUCCUCUCAGCGGUGGUACCCAAUGCCUUCAGGCUGGUCAAGCGGAAACCUCCAUCCUUUUUUGGAGCUUCCUUCCUCAUGGGAUCUCUAGGGGGGAUGGGAUAUUUCGCUUAUUGGUAUCUAAAGAAAAAAUACAUCUAAUGCUGGCUGUUCUGGUGUUUAGUUUGGUGUCUCUGUACCGUGUGAAACCAUGAUGAAUCUUCAGUAACUGUAAUGAAAUCGAAACCAAUAUGAAUAACUAUAUUGUUAAUGUAACAUUCCAUAGUCUAGAAAUAGAAAACCUAUACUGCAAGGAAAGCGAGUCAACAAAAAUAUUCAACUUCUACAAUGCCUUUUUUUUAGGUUUAAGUAUUCUAAAACUGUAAAUGGUAGUUGUGUUAAUGCUUACACAACUGCUGUGGAGCAAAACAGCUCUUUAGCACAGGAAUGUGCUGUCAGAAGAGAGAUGGCAACACCCCAGGAACACAAAAUUGAAAGACGGGGUGAUCUUCCGCAUCUUUACAUUUUCCCCCAAUGUUUGGUGGCCUCAUAGCACAUUCUUCCCUCCCACAGAUGAAAAGAGCGGGAACUUUUCCCUCCUAAGAACUGUUGUGGUGUUGUGAUGAGACAGACUUUUAAGCAAAACAAAACAAAUGAACACAGCCAGGAAAACCACAGUAGUUUGUGAAGUUGUAGCUUACGGUGGAAAUGAUUUGUGUCUCUUUCUGUCUUCGUAUAUCAUAAUUUCCAUUGAACUGAGUAUUUUUAAUCGACCUGCGCUUAGAAUGUAUCCUCUUUCUACUUCUGUAUUUUUAUUUGUUUAUUUAAUUGUUAAACAGCCAGUGGAUUUUUUUCUGAUUAUAACUUUGAUUUCACAGAUGGAUUUCUGUCUUAUUGAGAUGUUUGCCUUGAGUUUCUUUAAUGAAUUUGCCAAGCAUUGUUCACAAGGGAGCCUUUCUGGACUCUAACAACAUGACUGUUUUAAUAAGUUACAAGCCAUUUUCAAAGGAUUUGUUUUCAUUUUGCUUGUUUUUUCCCCCCUCACCCUUCCUUGGGGAGCAUUUUUUAAAGUCAUUGUCUCACUGUAUAUUUUCUUAAAAACAUUUUGCACAGAAAACCACCCUUCUCACUUUCUUGUGCCUUUUGCAUGUUGGAAAGAGUAACGAGCAUCACUGCUACUAAUGCUUAAAAACCCUCUGAGAACCUAAAUAAAUCAUA